AGCUCCGAUGCUUUCUCCACAAAGCCGUGGUGCACGGGAAGAUGAGUUGUUCACGGAAGAGAAGAUGGCGUUGAUCCCUAAUUCGCUAAAAUGGAUGAUUCAUGAAUUCCUAAGGCUAAAAGAUAAACGUGAUAUAAUCACAAUUUCUGUCCCCCGAGGAUUCAUUGCACCGCGUACCCAGAUCAUUUUAUCUGGAGAGGAUUUGCAGCAGGUUGCUACGUGUAACUACAUCGACAACCAGGGAAUGCUGUUUGGAAUGAUGCACAUAUGGGAGAGCAUCAACGGUCUGAGAAAAAUUUUCAAGUUUUACGACCCAGAGCUUCUCACAGUGCAUGGGAUCAGCGAUGAAGAACGUAGUCGAUCUUUUGACGAUGCGGCAAGACGAUUGGCUAAUUGGUUAUCAUUAAUGAACAGCAACCACCAAAUGUUCUUUAUUCCUUGGAAUAUCGGGAUGCAUUGGACGCUAGUGGUGGUUGCGCCAAAGAAAAUUAUCCAUUUAAACCCUCUAAAAGGCCGCCCAAUUCCCGAAGAAAUAGAACAAAUGAUCGGAAGGGCAUUCAUGUAUAUAGGGGACGCACAUCAGUAUCUUGGCCCGUGGCAAGGAAUUUCACAAGCAAACUGUCCAAGACAACCUACAAGCCAAGAAUGCGGUUUUUAUGUUUUGAAAUAUAUCACUGACAUCGUCGCACGUGCCAACCCCAACCGUUACAUAGAAGAUCAAAAAGCUUUUGGGGGUAAGAAGCAAUACGAUCCAAAAACAGAAAUUUUACCACUACAGCGAAAGUGGAUCGAACAAUUGAUGGCGGUGAUUCACGGUGACGAUUGAGGUUCAAAGGUCGAAGAAUUUUUCUUCAUUAUGUAAUUUUUAUAGAUUAACUUGUAAUUAGAUUUAUUAACUUAUUAAUAUUUUUAACUAAUUUUACAUGUUUGUGUAAUAUUUAAUUAUUUUUAUGAAAUCAAAUUAUGUUUUUACCC